AUGUCUUCUCUACAAUCUGUUGAAAUCGAUAACAACCCGUUUUCGAGUUGGGUCAUACCCGAAAGCCUCAAAAGUGCUUCAACUCUUCAGAACUUCUCUGCUGUUUCUGCUAACAUAACUGGUAAAAUACCCGAUUUUUUUGGGCCGGAUGAUUUCCCGGGUCUUGUUAAUUUGCACUUGGCUUUCAAUGAAUUGGAAGGUGAACUACCCAUGAGUUUAUCAGGCUCACAACUUGAAUCUUUAUGGGUUAACGGGCAGAAACUCGGUGGAAAGAUCGAUGUUAUACAAAACAUGACAUUCUUGAAAGAGAUCUGGUUGCAUUCCAAUUCGUUUUCAGGUCCAUUGCCUGAUUUUUCGGGUUUGAAAGGAUUGGAGGUCUUGAAUCUUAGGGACAAUUCAUUCACAGGUCCUGUUCCUGUGUCUUUAACCAAUCUUGAAUCCUUGAAAUCUGUUGUUUUGACUAAUAACAUGCUUCAAGGGCCCAUGCCUAAGUUUAAUGAUUCAGUUAAAGUAGAUAUGGCGAAGGAUACUAAUAAUUUCUGUUUGCCUGAGCCUGGUGACUGUGAUCCUCGAAUUGGUUUGGGAUUACGUGCAACAAUGGCAACAUUACCAUUGUUAACUUUCAGAGAAUUGGGGCUCACAGGUACGAUUUCCCCUGAGUUUUCAGCUUUGAAAUCGCUUCAAAGACUCGUUCUUGCUAACAACAAUCUCACUGGCACGAUUCCCGAAGAGCUCACCACUCUUCCCGCUCUUACCGAAUUAGAUCUCGCCAACAACAAUCUCUCUGGCAAAAUCCCAGUUUUCAAGAGUAAUUUGGAUCUGAACACAGCUGGGAAUCCCAAUAUCGGAAGGGUAAUCACUAAUUCCAGCGAUCCAAAUUCACCCAACUCUUCAAAUUCGCCAAAUUCAACUGGGGUUUCGCUAAAUGGUAAAAAGAAGUCAAAAAACUGGCUUGGGGUGGUUUUGUUUUCGGUUCUUGGGGGUAUAAUCGUCAUUUUCUUGAUCGCUAUCCUGGCGUUAUGUCUUUACAAGAAGAAGCAAAAGAAGUUUAGCAGAGUACAAAGCCCUCAUGCCAUUGUAAUUCACCCCCGAAACUCAGGAUCCGAUAAUGAAAGUGUAAAAAUCACAGUCGCGGGGGGUCGAGUGUUAGUGCAUAGGAAUCUUGUGGCACUUCUUGGGUAUUGUCUUGAUGGAAAUGAGAAGCUUCUUGUGUAUGAGUAUAUGCCUCAAGGAACAUUGAGUCGACAUUUGUUUAAUUGGCCCGAAGAAGGAUUGAACCCGUUGGAAUGGACCCGAAGGUUGGCUAUUGCUUUGGAUGUGGCUAGAGGUGUUGAGUAUCUUCAUGGUUUGGCUCAACAAAGUUUUAUUCAUAGGGAUUUGAAACCUUCUAAUAUUCUACUUGGUGAUGAUAUGCGGGCGAAAGUUGGAGAUUUUGGCCUCGUUCGUCUUGCUCCUGAAGGGAAAGGCUCAAUCGAGACACGAAUAGCCGGAACUUUCGGUUAUCUAGCCCCCGAAUAUGCAAUUACGGGGCGUGUGACGACAAAAGUAGAUGUGUUUAGUUUCGGGGUGAUAUUGAUGGAACUUAUCACGGGACGAAAAGCACUUGAUGAAAGUCAACCCGAGGAAAGCAUGCAUUUAGUAACAUGGUUUAGAAGAAUGCAUCUCAACAAGGACACUUUCCGCAAGUCAAUCGAUCAAACCCUAGACCUAACCGAAGAAAACCUAGCCAGUGUUAGCAAGGCGGCUGAACUCGCGGGCCACUGUUGUGCCCGCGAGCCAUAUCAAAGGCCCGACAUGAGCCAUGCGGUCAACGUAUUGUCUUCCCUUGUUGAAAUGUGGAGACCUUCUGAUGAAAGUUCCGAAGAUAUUUACGGAAUUGACCUUGACUUGUCAUUGCCACAAGCCCUUAAGAAAUGGCAAGCUUUUGAAGGAGGAAGUCAUACAAUGGAUGCUUCGUCUUCUUCGUUUCUUCCAAGUUUGGACAACACGCAGACGAGCAUACCGACUCGGCCUUAUGGGUUUGCGGAAUCGUUUACUUCAUUGGAUGGGAGGUGAUGAGAGGGGUAGAUUUGGAAUUUUAAUUCAUGAUUUUUUGGAGGGUGAUUUUUGGCUUGGUUUUAGGGUGGUUUGAAUUAUUUUGUGAAUCUUGAGUUCUUGUUGUAAAGUAUGUAACUUUAGAAAGAACUUGUGCUUUUCCAUGUGUAGGGAUUCAAAUGGUCAAUAUUUUAUUAGAAUAGUCUUUUGUAACCUUGGAAAUUGUGGUGGGGU